AUGUCGCAGCUGGACGAUUUACAAAACCGAGACCUCGCCGAGGAGAUUGAAGCCAUCAAUGCCAUCUACGAGCCCGAUACCGUCACGGUGAGCCGGGCGGCCGGCGCUCACUCCAACAGCACAAUCGACUUGGGGUCUUCCGGUAUCUCAAAUGACAACACGCAAACAACAGUAACACUCCAGAUCCCCGGUCAACCACAUCUAUCUUUUCGGCUUGGCUUCGGUGCCACAUACCCGGAGGCGCGGCCUACAGUGCUUGGGACUGCGUCGACUGCCGCGCGUGGGGAAGGAAAGAUCGCCGUGGAUGUGUUGGAAGAUAUUGUGCAACGAACGUGGCAGCCCGGUACUGUCUGUCUCUUUGAUGUGAUCAGUGAGGCCGUGGAGGUAUUCCCCGAGUUGAAUAUCGGUGGAAACAAGGACAAUGAUGAGGCUGGACCGGCCGAGUCAAACGCCUCAGGGCAAUCUUCGAGCAAAGUUGCCGACGAAUCCAAGAUACCGGCAGAAGGUUUUGCUGCGCUGUCAUUACGCGAUAGGUUCGGUCUCGAUAACCCACCCGACUGGAUUCUCUCCGACAUCAUCACGGAAAAGAAAUCCGUAUUCCUAGCUCGAGCGGUGCAGGUCACCAGCUUGGGGCAGGCACAGGCAUUUCUAGACCAUCUGACAGCGACGGAUAAGAAAGUGGCUGUGGCAACGCACAACAUCAGUGCCUGGCGGAUCAAACAAAAGAAAGACGGCGGGUCCAGCACUGAUCCUGAUGCAGCGGAGACGGUGGUUCAAGAUUAUGACGAUGAUGGAGAGACCGCUGCUGGGGGCCGCUUACUGCAUGUGAUGCAACUCAUGAAUGUAUGGAACGUACUGGUUGUCGUCUCUCGGUGGUAUGGAGGAAUCCACCUAGGUCCUGCGCGCUUCCGGCUCAUUAAUGAUGCCGGGCGGGAUGCUUUGGUCAAGGGUGGUUUCGACAAAAAGGAGAACUCGGCUGCUCCUGAAAAGGGCAAAAAGAAAGGGAAGAAAUGA